AUGGCAGUAGUAACCAAUUUGACAUGGAACCAGGAACGGAGUCUGCAAAAGCUGUUUGGAUGUGUUUCUUUCAGUCUUCUCUAUAAGGCUUCUGUUCAUGAUAGUAGCAUUUACACUAUGCUUCAGAGAUGCACUCAUCAGGGAUCCACUAUAACACUGAUUUACACGGACGAAAAUGUUUUUGGAGCCUUUAUACUUGGGCAUUAUCCUCAAAUGGAAUCAAAAAGAGUUUUUAUUCAUCCUCAAUUAGCAGAUAAGAAAUUUAAAUGCCAUGGAUAUUCAACCUAUCUUGACUGUGAAGUUUUCCGAGUUGAAGGAAUUAAGGAUGAUCUAAGUUACAUAAGGAGAAUAACAGGGGUUACACAGAGAAGACAGCGCCUGUUGGCUGAACUUAGCACCUACAAACCCACAACAUGUUUGACUCCAGAAAUUCGUAUUCUCUUGCUGGGUCCCAUUGGGUCUGGAAAGUCUACUUUCAUCAAUUCAGUAAAGUCUGUUUUCCAAGGACGUAUAAUUCGUCAAGCCAUAGCAGGGUCUGAUAUCACCAGCAUUACUGAACAGUAUAGGAUAUAUUCCAUUAAAUAUGGAGAAGAUGGCAUAUCUCUGCCAUUCAUGCUGUGUGACUCAAUGGGCCUGGAUGAGAGAGAGGGAGAAGGAUUAUGCAUGGAUGACAUAUUCUACAUUUUAGAAGGCUGCAUACCAGACAGAUACCAGUUUAAUCCCCGAAAGCCAAUUACGUCUAGUCAUUCUGGCUUCAUCACUUCUCCAUCACUGAAGGAGAGGAUUCACUGUGUGGCUUAUGUGUUAGAUGCCAACUCUAUCAACAAUCUCUCCUCUCAAAUGGUGAAAAAGUUCAAAAGAGUCCAAGAAAAAGUAUUACAAUGUGGUAUAGGAUAUGUGGUUUUACUUACUAAAGUUAACAAUUGGGAUGAAAUUCUUCAAGAUGACUUUCUAAACAUGAAUAGAUCUACUGCUUAUCAAAGCCAGAUAAUAUGUGUCAGCAAAAAGCUAACAAUUCCUAUUCCUAACAUCUUGAUGGUGGACAAUUAUGCCUCAGAGCGGGAGAUGAAGCCCUUAAAGGAUGUUGUGAUCCUCUCUGUGCUGAGGCAGAUGUUGAGGAUCACAGAUGACUUCUUAGAGGAUUUGCCUCUUCAGUAA